AUGUCGCUAGGUGAAAGUAUCAAUCAAGAUUCAACACCUCCAUCAUCAUCUAUUCGUCAUUUCCUUAUUGUUCCAUCAUUUAAUCCUGAACGUCGACAUUCAUGGGCGAAUGUUAUUUCAUAUAUAUCAGCACGAAAUUCUGAUAUUACUUCCUCUAUAAAUGUAACAAAUGCUGAAGCUACACGCUCAUUUUCCUCAAUAAAUAUUCGUUCCUUUCCAUUUCAAUGUUGCGGCGAGAGAAGAAAUUCUUCUCAAAGACAACCAGUCGAACAAACUUCAAAGAACAAUUUUACACAUCGAAAAAGUUCAACACCAAGUAUUUCAUCACGUCGUCCUUCAAAAAAUCUAAUACGAAAUCAUCGAAAAACAAAUACAAAACCAGCAAUAAUAUCAUCUUCAAUAACAAUACCAACAUUAACAAAAUCAACAAAAAAACGUCGUCGACGCGGAGGAAUGGCUUCAGCUUGUACUUCAUGUGUUUCAUCAAAUCAUAGUCGUCGACCGAGUUCGACAACUCUUGAUGAUAUCACAGCAAUUCCCGCUAUAUCUUCCUCUACAAAUCCACCUUUACUAACUCGUCUUGGACAGAUUAUAUUGAGACGACGAACUACUGGCGGUACUAAUAAUAGUACUAGUAGUACCAUAGUCAAUAACAAAAGCAGGUAA